CAAUGACAACAAGCACGACAAUCCACUAGACACAAUUAUAAAACAUUUUUACCGCAUUUAGUUUUGUGUGUUUUAAGGCAUUAACAGUGAAUUAUGACUUCAGUUUUUGCUGGACCAGCUGUCAAGGGUUGUUGAUGUGUGUAUAUUUAAAUGCUAAGAACAACAUAAAUAAAUAAUAAAGCGCGCCAGUUGUUCGGCAUUCUACACAGCGGCAGGAGCUGGCACAGAAGGAACACAUGCAUAUAAAUGUGUUUGGAGAGGAUUUGUUGUGCGAAGUGCUUGUGGGAUGCGAGAAAGGCUGUUAAAACAUUUCAAUGGCGCACACUUAAAUGUGAUACAAGCAACAACAAUAACAAAAACCAAAGUGUUUUGUUAUACAUGUGUUUAUAUGUGUGUGUGAGUGUGUGCAACAAUUGUAAAAGCAAGAGUGCUUUAAGUGCAGCUAUUAGCGCAGUACAUAAACAGUUUCGCAAUAAUAAAUAUGAAACGCUUUCCGAACGGUUCAUGAAGUGACACAGUGCGACGAUGGUCGAGUUAUAAACUUUAUUUUAUGUCUUACGGCACCAGCAAGUUUUAUCUUCAUUUAUUUCAGAUAAAAAAACUAAUUUGAGUCACAUUUGAUAUAAUAUUCCCAAAUGCUUUAGUGAUUCAAGUAACAUCUGAUUUCGACAUUAAGUUGUGUAUCGAUAUUUUCAUUGAUUCUUGAGAUAUAUUUGUGAAGGAAAAUAGCUUAAGAUUCGACUUCAAAGAUUCUUUUGAAAGAAGAAACGCAAGUUUAAUAGCUUAAUGAUGACUAUAUUUUAGCAAAUAUUUUUAAAUGCGAUCAUUUUUCGACCAGUAGCAACGAAUCGCAUUUGUGCAGGAUGAGCUGCAUCAAUAUUUCUCAUCUUUUAAGCAAGUCGUCGCUUGCGUAGUUAAACGGAUGGACGAAUGUACAGAUAGACAUCCAGAGAUCCGUUCGCAUCGACACCAUAAUUGUUUUAGUAUAUACCAUAAAACUCUAUAUUUAUAACGAUUAUUUUUAGGAGUUACAACAACUUUUGUAUGAACAAAGCUACUAUAUUUUUAUUUAUUUUGCGAGUCGAUAAAUAUUAAACAGUUAUCGGCUCAGAAAGUAAUAUUAGUUACCAUAAAAAUGCGGCCGCCUGCGGUCUAGCGCUCUGACGCCUCCUUUUUCAACCAACCAACCAAAGUUUGAUAAACUAUUUCAUUGAGACUCUAGAUCGUAAAAAUAAGUUCAGGUUCCAGUAAAUAAGCAAAAUAACACAUUAAAUAUGGGGAUAAAAUUAUACACUGGGGCCUUUGAUUUUUUGUACCCUAAACUGGUAUAUAGUAAAAAGUAAAAGAAAUAAAUUCUAAAGUAAAAGAAUACUGUAUUACAAAAACAAAAACAUCAACAACAAUAGUGAAAAAGAAAAUUGUCGAAAAAAUUCACAAAUGCUGUAACAAGUGGCGGUCAAAUAACUAAAAAAACCGGAAUACAUACAAACUGCUGUGGCACAAACAACAACAGCAACUCGUACGGCAGACUCGAAAGAGAACAUUUUAUGAUUUUCUGUAUUUUUUGUUAAAGUGAUUGCUGUGGCUUUUGUGAUUUCCUUUCCGCCAUAAAUCACAUUUUUCACAAAGCAACAUCUUUUUUAGGGUUCACACAAAAAAAAGCACAGCGCAACAACAAAAACAUACAAAAUAUAAGAAGUGCGCCGAUAUUGGAAACGACUGCAAAACAUUUAGAGUGACACAGUGAGAGUGAGAGUGACAGUGACAGUGACAGCUUUGUCACUAACUUUGCAAAAGCGUUGGCUAACAACAACAACAACAGCAAUGAAAUAAUGCCAAAGGAGCUGUAUAUAAAAACACAACAAACUAUAUACAAUAACAAUUAAAAAGGCUCCAGCAGUGUCCUGCUGCGGCUAGGCUCGCAAGCGUUUACAACAAGGAAUGCGCAGAAAGAGCAAAAACAAGAAAAAUAAUUAAAAAUUGUAAAAAUUUCGUAAACAAAUCAAGUGAAGUACUACAAACUGUUGCAACAGCUGCAGCAAAAACAAAAACAACUACCGUAUCACCACCGCAGCAACGUUCCAUAUCAAUCGCUAAGCAGCGAGCAAACCGUGCGGUCAGCCACUUCCAACAAACACAACAACAAUAGCAGUAAAAACCAUAGCACAUUGACCAUGUCACCACUUGUCAGCAAACUCAGCAAGACUUUCCGCUGGCUACGCUGGUCCACCAUUUGUGCCAUACUCUUCUACAUGUUCUUCAUUGGGCUGAUACUGCACAGCACCACAUACAAAUUGCAGCACACGCUAAAAUCGCGAGCGGCUAGCGACGAUGGCGGAACGGCACAACAGGCAGGCGCGCUACCACAACAAAUGCUGGAAUACCGAAACAACUAUCCAAUAGAAGCGAAAGCAGCAAUGCACAAACAAAGUAGACUAACAAAAGAAGCGCUACAGCGAAGCGGACAAAAGAGUGUGGCCGAGAAGGUGGCGGUUUCGGCGGCGUUGCGCGAGCAGUCGAGCGCAGCGAACGGAAAUAAUGUGCUGAAAACACCGCCGGAACCUGUGUUGGCCACAACAUUUCAACAACAAAAUGCCCAGCAGCGCACGAGUGGUGCUGGUGAUGAGCUGACGAAGCGCAAAGGCGGUGAGAAGAGUGGGGCGGCGCGUUUUGCUGCCGCUGUGGGUAACAGCGCGGCCGGCGGUGGUGUGAAUGUGAAUGAUGGCGCACGGCAAGGCGGUAAGCCCAGCGAACCGGAAACUGUUAUUUUAGCAGCAAGCUCCGUCAACGAGAAACAAAUUCUCGAGAAAGCAUUCAAACGAGCGGAUCGAGAUGGUAACUCUGAGUUAACAAUUCAGGAACUUGGUGUUUACGUAAAUCAGAAGAUCUUGGAUCAUAUUGAGGAGGCGAUACAGAAUAAUCCGCACGAAUUCCAGCGUGUGGACAAAUCUCCUGCCGAUGGCUUAAUCACAUGGGAAGAAUAUCAUAGUUUCUUUCUUAAAGAGCACGGCAUGUCUGAUGCGGACAUUGAUGAACACAAUGAGAUAAAACACACAGCAUUGAAUAGAAAAGCGCGCGAAGAUAUGAUGCGCGACAAGGCACGAUGGUCGGAAGCAGCGCGCACCGAUCUCUUUAGUCUCACGAUCGAUGAGUAUCUUUCAUUUCGACAUCCCGAAUCGAGUAUAUCUAAUUUACUCGAAUUAGUUGACGAUUUGCUGCGACAAUUUGAUCAGGAUGGCGAUGAUCAGUUGACGAUCGAUGAGUUCUCCGAGGUAAAUGUGGAUGAUGAUGAAGACUUACGCAGAAAGUCCCUUAUCUCGCAGACAGUUGUGGAGAGAAGGGCGGAAUUCAAGCGAAUUAUUGAUAAGAAUAACGAUGACAGGGCGGAUAGGGAGGAAUUAUUGAAUUAUGUCAAUCCGAAGACGCCACGUUAUGCGCUGCAAGAGGCAGCGACACUAUUCAGUUUAUGUGAUGAGAACAAGGAUGGACGAUUGACGUUGAAUGAGUUAACUGAGAAUGCAGAGAUUUUCCUCACCUCAAAAAUGAUAGACACGGCAAAUAGUUUCCACACGGAAUUCUAAGUGCACCAUCCGAAGUGAAUUAAGGAAACGGAGGAUGUCUCCAUAAUCUGGGGAAUUGAAGAUUUCAACAAGUCCGUGCAAACAAAUUACAGUGUAUAUAAAUAUUUAUUAUUAACUAUUUGAUAACUCUAGAAUUUAGUUUUGUUUAUUUCAAUUACUUGGUCAAUUAUUUAGAUUACAUUUCGUAACUUUAUCUUAGCCAAAUUUUCUUAAUGAAAUACACAUUUUUUCUCAAAUUUGUCAAAAUGAAAAUAUUAGUUUCAAAUCGAUUUAAAGCUAACAAAAGUUAAUUGAAAUUGUAUCGAUCGAUAAACUUGUUAUUUAACUAACUCAACUUAGGAUUAAUAGCACAGAUUUAAAACAAAGCAUUAUUAUUAUUAUUACAGAUAAAAUAUAAUAUCAUAAAGUCAAUUUGUAGAAAUAAAAAAUAAACCAUUUUUAUUACACUUUAGCAGAAAAAAGUGCAGAUUAAAAUUGUAUUAUAAUUCAUUAAUAUAGUAUUGUAUCAAAAUAUUUUUGUUAAACAAAGAACAAUAAAUAAUUAAUAUCUAAAAUCUUUUAUCAGUUAAUUUAAGAGCACUUUUAUGAGCUUAGCUUCAAAUUGUAGGUGAAGUCAUGAGGAAAAACGCUGCUUAUGCAACAUUUUUAACCAAAAUAAUAUUUGUUAUCCAUAACAGAUUUUCUAUCCCAACAAUUUCUAUCAAAGGGUAAUAUGCAAAAAUAUGAACAAAUAAUGUUGAAGUAUAUUUAUUUUCAAAGCAACAUAAUUAUAAUAAUUUUUUCACACUACCUAGCUGCAGCUAAACCCCUGGAAAAAAUAUUUCAAAAUUUUAUAUUUUUUAUAAUCUCAAAUAACUUAAAUAAAUUGUCAAAAUUGGAAUAAAAAGUAAAAACAAAGUAUUUGAUGUAUUAUUUUUUAUAUUUUUGUAAAUAUAAAAUUUCUGUUACCGAAAUACUUUUCACUGUAUUUUACAUCAUAAUAUAUGGUACAUAUUUCUCAAUUGGAUAUUAUACAUGCAAUGUGAAUUGUUAGUGAUAUUAUGUUUUAAGAAAUUAUUUUUGUGAAAAAUGAAAAUUAAUUUUUCAAUAAUUUGUUAUCCUUUUACAUUUUAUAAGUUACAAAAAUACUCAAAAAUAUUUACUUAAAACUUAAGUAGUAAAAAUAUACAUUUUAUUUCUACUAAAAA